AUGGGUGAAUCCAGACAAGAACUGCUCGCAUGGCUCAACAACCUGUUGCAGCUGAACAUUACCAAGAUCGAGCAAUGCGGAACCGGUGCUGCGCUAUGUCAGAUCUUUGACUCGAUAUUCAUGGAUGUUCCCAUGUCGCGUGUCAAGUUCAAUGUCAACACUGAAUAUGCCUACCUACAGAACUUCAAGAUCCUUCAAAAUGUUUUCGGAAAGCACCAAGUCGACAAGCCAAUUCCCGUCCAGCAACUCUCGAAAUGCCGUAUGCAAGACAACCUCGAGUUCCUUCAGUGGACGAAGAAAUACUGGGAUCAGCACUAUCCUGGUGGUGACUAUGAUGCCGUGGCUCGUCGCAAGGCUUCUGGUGCUCCUCCCGCCUCCGCCGGCUCUCGUUCUGGUGCGACUUCGCAAAGCUCUGCCCGUCGGGGUGUGACUCCUACCGCUGCUGGCCGCCCGCGCGUUGCUGCUGCUGGGGCCAGCGGUGCGGCAACUGCUGCCUUGCAACAGGAGAUUGCGACCCAGAAGGAAGCAAUUGGGGGUUUGGAGAAGGAGAGAGACUUUUACUUUGCUAAGCUCCGCGACAUUGAGCUAUUGUUGCAGAGCGCUAUCGAGGCCGAUCCGGACUUGGAGAAGGACGAUGACUCCCUGGUCAAACACAUCCAGGGCAUCCUCUACUCGACAGAGGUAUGA